AUCGAGCGCUGCGACAACACUCGGAGGAACCACCGUUGGGACUGUUGGUACUCCCGCACCAUCCUUCUCGCGAACGCCCCCGUCGCCGCCCUCGCCGCGUUCGGCCUAUAUAGACUAUUCCGCCCGGCAUAAUGUCCCACGUCGUCGUAUUCAAUGCGUCCGCGAAGACGGUCAAGGUACCCACAACUCCAGUGAAGUACCUGACCGACGUGCGGGACGAGGCUUGCCAAAAGUUUGGUGUUAGCAAAGACCAGUUCACGUUGAAGCAUUCUGCGUACAACAACAAGCCCAUCUCUCUAUCCCAGCAAAUACGACUUGCAAACCUUCCCCAAGGCGCGCGGUUAGAGCUUGUUCAGGCCUCACGUUCGCCCACUGUCAUUUCAGUAGCUCUCCAGCUUCCAGCGUCCGAGAAGAAUAUCCGCCUAACGCAGAAGUUCGCCAGCAACACUUCAUUAUGGGAGCUCCUACGGCAAUUCGAGAGCGGCCAGGGAGCCAAUCACAACUUCACGCAGCGCGGCGUCCCGGAAAUAAACGGCAGUGGCACGUCGGGCGCAGGCAGAUUGAACUACGAGAUGCCCGUCGUCACGGUUAUGCCCGGCCACAAGGAGCACUCGACCUUUGUGGACCUGCAGAAGACGCUGAGCCAGCUGGGCUUCGACAGCGGAUCGGCUCUUCUGCGUCUAAGCUUCAAGAAUAGUGGUACGCCGCUGGAGGAGGCCAUGGGGCAAAUAUCCAAGUACUUCAAGAACGCGGAUCCGACACCUAGCGGUGCUCAUACCGCGAGUUCUGCUCAGGAGGGCUCCAUCCCUGAUCCAGAUAAGGCCGCUCCCGAGGCGACGGCGACCGUUGCGGGUGAGACGAUUCGACCAGAGGAACCUGACCCGGAGCCGAUGGAGGUAGACGAAAAGCCGCCGACAGAGUCCGCUGCGGAGCCUACGAUAUCUUCUAUGGAUGGCGCAGCAGAUUUGCCUGAGAACAACCCUCCAUCAGCAGCACCGUCUGACCCCUCUCCAGCUCCGGCUCCAGCUUCGCCACCGGAGCGUCUAAACGUCCCCCGCAACGUCCAAGUCUUCUCAGCACCCACCUCCUCCACUCCGCAAGCCGCACGGCAGACCUGGGACGCAACAGACUACGUGCCCACGAUCGAGCACGCAAAAGCGCACCAAGCAGCCCUCAACCAGCAAACCAAGAACAGCCGCCUGCUCUCGGACAAGGAGCUCGAAGAGCUAGAAAACGAGCGCCUUGCCAAACUCGCCGCCGUAGCAGAAAAAGGCGGCUCUCUCCGCGUGCGCCUCCCCGACGGCGCCAUCAUCCAAAUGGACAUCAGCAAGUCCGACACCGCCGAGCUGCUCUACUCCUUCGUCGCCUCCUUUCUCGACAAGCCAAACGAGCCCUUCCAGCUGCAGUACCGCGGGCCGAACGGGCGCCCCGUGCGCAUAGACAAGGACAAGAAGCGGCUGCUCCAGGAGCUGCGCUUCUCGCCCUCCGAGCUGGUGACCUUCUCGUGGGACGACGCGGCGAGCAACGCGGCGCGGCGGAGCAAGAACGUGCUGAGUCGCGAGUGGGCGGACAAGGCGCAGACGCUGAAGGUCGAGGAGCCUGUUGUGGGGGCCAGGGAGAAGCCGGCUAGGGAGCAGAGCAAGGCUGAGGGGAAGCGGAAGGCGGAUAUGAGUGCCCAGGAGAAGGAGAGUAAGCUUAAGAACAUACUCAAGGGCGGCUUGUUCAAGAGUAGUAAGAAAUAGAGCUUCAGGUGGGGGACUUGGGAAAAGUGCAUGGGUUUUGAUAUCAAU